AUUGUUCGCCCUUACUUUUCUUCAGUGUCAGACGUGGAACCGGUUGAGCGCUUUAUAGAGUAGGACGCGGGAAGUGCCCCGGAGCUAGUGAGUGUGGCCGAGGGGGCGUUGCGCCAGGUGAUCCCGGCCGACACCGCCCUUAGCCUGCCCACGCGCGGCACCGCCCCUCGGGCUCUCAGCCGCGGGUGGAGCCUCGCGCAGCGUCGGGCGGCGCCUGCAGAGACCCCGCAGCCGGGCGCGGGCGACGGCGGGUGAUGGAGAGCAGAGCCCGAGCCCGCGCCGUCGCCCCGCGCGCGCCGCUUCCCCGCACCUGAACCAGGAGACCCUCGCCCCGCGAGCCUUUCCGCGGCCCCGCUACUCUGGCCGGCAUGUGGCCGCCGGGUCGCUCCGCCGAAACGCGCAGCAACUUGUCAAGCACUGCGGAGGACUGCGGCUCGGUGUCCGUGGCCUUCCCCAUUACCAUGAUGGUCACCGGCUUCGUGGGAAACGCGCUGGCCAUGCUGCUAGUGUCGCGCAGCUACCGGCGCCGCGAGAGCAAGCGCAAGAAGUCUUUCCUGCUGUGCAUUGGAUGGCUGGCGCUCACCGACUUGGUAGGGCAGCUCUUGACUAGCCCGGUGGUCAUCCUCGUGUACCUGUCUCAGCGGCGCUGGGAGCAUCUCGAUCCGUCAGGGCGCUUAUGCACCUUCUUCGGGCUGGCCAUGACGGUGUUCGGGCUGUCUUCGCUCCUGGUGGCCAGUGCCAUGGCCGUGGAGCGUGCGCUGGCCAUCCGCGCGCCGCACUGGUACGCCAGCCACAUGAAGACUCGCGCUACGCGCGCGGUGCUGCUAGGCGUGUGGCUGGCGGUGCUCGCCUUCGCACUGCUGCCGGUGCUGGGGGUGGGCCGCUACAGCGUGCAGUGGCCCGGCACGUGGUGCUUCAUUAGCACCGGGCCCACGGGCAACGAGACCGACCCUGCGCGCGAGCCGGGCAGCGUGGCCUUCGCCUCCGCCUUUGCAUGCCUGGGGCUGCUGUCUCUGAUAGUCACCUUUGCCUGCAACCUGGCGACCAUCAAAGCCCUAGUAUCCCGCUGCCGGGCCAAAGCCGCCGCCUCGCAGUCCAGCGCCCAGUGGGGCCGGAUUACCACCGAGACCGCCAUCCAACUCAUGGGAAUCAUGUGUGUGCUGUCUGUCUGCUGGUCUCCACUAUUGAUAAUGAUGCUGAGAAUGAUCUUCAAUCAAACGUCCGUUGAACACUGCAAGACACAGAUGGGAAAGGGGAGAGAGUGCAACUCCUUCCUCAUUGCAGUUCGCCUGGCUUCGCUGAACCAGAUCCUGGACCCCUGGGUUUAUCUGCUGCUAAGAAAGAUCCUUCUUCGGAAGUUCUGUCAGAUCAGGAACCACACCAACUAUGCUUCCAGCUCCACCUCCCUGCCCCGCCCAGGCUCCUCGGCUCUGAUGUGGAGUGACCAGCUGGAAAGGGACUCCAGAGCCAUGGGCGGACUGAAUGAAGUCUGCCAGCUUGAUUGUACUCUGUAACCUAUGUCCAAAAGAGAGGAUGCGAAGAAAAGGGUUUCACUGUUUUUAAAGACAACACACUCGGCUUAUCAAAUGACAAACACCCCGAGGUGGACUUUCACUGCAGUCCCUGCUUCCCUGGGUCUGUGAAUUUCUUCCCCCUGAGAAAGAUAAUGGAAUAUUUUGGAUUAUUUUCCUUCUUUGGGCCACAGGUUUUAAUUUUUUUUCUUGCCAUUAAACACACGGAGACCCUGGACUUCUGGAUGCUGAUUGGCCCCCGUCAGGACUGGGACUCUGCACUUGAGGAGUAGGUCAGAAUUGCACACCCUCGUCUGGUGGGCAGCACAGACGGACUUGAUACAGCGGUGUCUCCAACUCCAGCCGCACGGGGACAUCGUCACGUGUUUUAGCAGUUUGAUUCUUCUACAUAAGUUUGAAAAAGCAGCGUAACUUUUUAACAGGAAAUCAUUCAGGUAUUGAGAGCAAUUGUCCAUAUAAUAAACUAUGAGUUUAAUGAGAUUUUAAAAAAAAGCCACAUGAGAAAGCGGGGUGUUGUGCAAACAGUGUUGUGCCAAGCUGGCAUGGGACACCACAGAGUUGUGUGUCCUCAGCGAGGCUUCUGGGGAUAGGCCCUUCAGUAAUUCAGGAAUUGCAACAUUGUCUCUCUGCUUUUAAAGGGAGCAGUUCAGCUAAGGGGCCUUCCAAGUGUCACUAACAGUUCCAAGGCUAGAUGAUUAAAUGUUCAGUUAAAGCCAUAAAAAGGAAAACCAGAUACAGCCAGCUAACUAUGGUUCCAGUUCAACCUUACUUCUGAGUCAACAUCAACUUAAGAUUUCUCACAAUUUGUGCUCAGGCAGCACACACAAAAAGAGCAAAAUUCAUAAGAUUUUAAAUUAUUUAUCAGUUAUUCUACAUCUAACUAAGUCUGUGACUUUUUAUGAAAUAAAAUAAUUUUGUCUAUAUUGAAAUAGUGAACUUUAAAAACUAUCUGAGUUCUUUAACAGCGUCCAACACCUUCACCUGCUUGUAAAUCCAACAGCCUCUUUUUCCUUCCUCAACCUGCCCUCUGGAUUUCUUUCCCCAUCCCCAGUUCUUUUAGUUCAGCAGAUAUUCAGUGUCUGCCUAGACACUCACAGCACCACGCUGUCACCUCUGUGGGCGUCUCAAGAAAAGAUGAGACUCUGGGAUCUGUUGUUUCGCACUCGGAGCCUGUACCGGGUGCACUCUAUCUACCUAUAACUAAGUGGUGUGGUCUCUGAAUCCGCUGUCAACUCCCACAGCUUUAUUUUGAUCUGUUUUUACAACAGUCUUCAGCAGCCAUUAGCCAGUCAUUUUUACCACGCACUUCUGAGAGUUAAGCUCAGUGACCACCACGAGAAUGUCCAUCGCUCACCGCCACGGGUAUCUAGCUGUCAUCUACUAUUUCAUCUUCACAGACCGAGCUCUGGACAGUGUUCCCCAUCAGGACCAUCAGUUAAGGUUUGGUGCAAUGACGCCCCACUUACAGGACCAGUGAUGUAGCAGGAUCAUGGGCUUUGAAGCAAAGUUGGACUUGACUCGCCAUACACCAUGCACAGGCCCUGUCUGUGACCUUGAGAAAGCUUCAUUACAUACCACUGGGUCUCAAAUUAUCCUACCCAUGAGCUGAAAACAGUGCUUCCUGUAGGGUUAUUGUGAUGACCUCUGUGAAGCAUAUGCAAUGUGUCAGGUCACUAAGCAUUGACUGAUUAAUUAAUUGUUCAGAAUUAUCUUCAAGUACUUGCUAUGAGCUCUCAGUUUCGAUUUCAAACUGACUUCCUUACUCCCUGCAGUUGAAUGUCGUGGGCAGAAUCCACUUCAAACCCAUGCUUUAGUGUCUCUAAGACCUCGGCAUCAGUUCUACCGUUGCAGAAUGUCCCAUGUGUUCUCUCCUUGUCCUUGGACAAUUCAUAUCUGCGUCCUCAUCUGUACCCUCGUCCUGAUGCUACAUGGAGCCCACAGCAUCUUUGCACACUGCCUUAAACGCUUUCACUCUCUGUGGUUUUCCCCCUUUCCUAUAUUGUCUUUAUCUAUCUCUUAGCUCUGUGUUAUCAGACACCUAGGAAGCUGCUGUUGAUUUAAUUAAUUAUCAGCAGGGAGACAUUUAUGUACAGGACUACAGUCUGAAAGAGGAAAGACUUCGGUGGGAAGCUGCUUCCAUAUCACCAUUAUUAACUUUCUAAUUUUUGUGUCUGUAUCCAAGCGAUCUAAUCACACUCAUUUCAGCAUGAGAGUGUAAAGCUCCUUUUGUGGACGUAAAUAAUAAUGAGGCAACUGAAAAAAAAAGUUUGACAAAGGUGAUGUCCAGACACCAGACUGGCCCUUUUGUGACUCACCUAAACUCUGAGAGAAAAAGUAUGUGUCUGUGUAAAAUACGACUGGUGCUGCUUUUAAAAAACAGGCUUUAGUUUUUAGUGCAGGUUUAGGUUCUCAACAAAGCCGAGUGGGAUCCAAAGGCCCCUUCGCCUUUUUGUCCGAGGAAAGCAUCUAUUGCAGAGCAGAUUCUGCUGCACCGUGCACUCGUGCUGUGGUUCAGAGACGCGUGAAUCAGCUUUAAGGUCCUUGUCCUCGCUAUCAUAAGUAAACACUCUCCUCAUGAUGUAAUGGGGUUGACACAAGGGCUAAUCCUCCCAAUAAACCACUGAGCUCCACUGAGCUGCUGCCCCAACACACAGCAUAUAGAGAAGCGGAGUUGAUCAGUGGUUAUAACCAAUUAUAACACCAACCAUAAGACUUGUGGGUUAAACACGUGAAGUUGUGUAACAUUAAUGUGCUAAGUGGAUGUGCAGACAUGAGUUCGUGCCCCUUUUCACAUAUAUGCAACCGAGUCUUUUAGCUAUAUGUAAUAUAUUUGUGUAAGAUACUACAUGUAUUAUGUGUAUGGUUCUUUAUAUAAUGUAACAAAUAUAUAAGCUGGCGUGUAUGACAUAUCACAUGUUACUAUAUCGAAUAUGUCCUGUGUGUAUUGCAUGUAGUAUGUUUUGCAUCACUUCAGCCCUCUGGCAUUUGCACCGGAGGAAAGGAGUUACUGAAAAGUCCAAUAUCCAGUGCUGUCUCUUCGCACCAGCACAGACCAGUGUGAAUGAAAACUGGCAUAGAAAAGCCCACUAGGCUGGUUCUGUGAUGUGAGGCCAGGAUAAUGGGAAAGGCUGCCAAGCCUGCCAUAAGAGCCAGGCCUGGAGAAAAAGCAGCUGUGCUGGUAUUCGGAGACGUGCUUUCACUAGAAACUGUAUUUGUCCCAGUCUCCCCAGGAGAGAAGAGAGAAGCAGAUCCGUUGCCUUGUACAGGUGCAUGUGGAUAUGCGUCUUGUAGUUAUAUAGGAGUCUACAAGACACAGAAAAUUCAGACUUUAAUUGGUCUGCUCUUUUAUUAUUUAUAAGAAAAGCUGAAAAUUAGGAUAAAGAUGAAGUGAAAGUUAUAGAAGUCUAUAAAAUGUAUUUAAAAUGGCACAGUCUUCCCAUACCCUCAAUAUUUAGGACUGUAUUUGGGGCAUGGUAAGAUAACUGUCGCAGUGUGGGCAUCUUAAGGCUCUGUUCACUAUACUUUACUUGCUAUAAUGAUGUAACUAUGUCCUUGUCUUGAUUCACGCUGUGUGUUUCAGGAAUCUGCGGUUUACUAACCGUUCUGUUGAUUUUUAAUGUUGAGGCAAUACUGUAAAUAUAAGUGGUUCUUGUUUUAUCUAUUCCUAAGGCUUGGUUUUUAUUAAAUGAAAUGUUUUUUAUAUAAAGAUAAUUUGUGUGAAGCCCAUUCUGAUAUCCUUUAUAGUUGCUUUUGAAUACUGGCCACAUUGUGGGUUUCCAGGACCUGGCCUUUGUGUGUCUUGGGAUCCAACAGAACCAGCGCUGUUGGGGCCAGGAACACAGAAGGGACCAGUAAAGACAUAGUCGUCCGUGAUCUGCCUGUGGCACAUGGGAGUGGUGCCAAAGUUCUGUGUGCUCCCUGCCUACCCAGCACAGAGAAUGAUCUACAGGAACCGUGCUUUGGGUCUUGAAUGAGUUUAUUGAGUUGGUAGCAAGAGAAGGUAGAGGAGUCAAUAGUGAGUAACAUCUAGAGAGAAGCAGCAGCCUUCCCCAGGACAUCGGAUUCGAUGCUCGCAGCAUCUGGCAGGGAUGCCUGGAGGAGCACAACUGAGACAGCAGGAGAAGGCGACGUCAUCAGUGGGGCUGAAGACACCCAGCAGAGGGAGGCUGGAGAAGCCCUGCUGAGGCAGCCAGAUGGAGUUCCUAAUGAGCUUUCUCUCCAUGGAUGAGCUUCCCAUC